AUGAAUGAAGAACGCUUGAAGGAAAAUGGCUUCAAAUUUGAGGCCUGGUGGUCUUUAGAGGAAUCUUUUAUUAAUGAAGUCAAAUGUUUAUGGGAGGAGUCUUCAGGGGAAUUGUUACAGAAGCUGGAAAAUUUAAAAAAAGGUUUGAAACAGUGGGCAGGGAAAAUUCAUAUGAAUAGGAGAAAGAAAAAACAGAUCCUUACGGAGAAAUUAGCACAAUUGUCUGAAGCUAAGAGAGAUGAUGUGAAUUUAGCUGAGCUGAUUUAUACGAAGAUUAAUUUAAACUUGGAGAUUGACAAAGAUGAAUGUUAUUGGGAACAAAGGGCUCGUCUUAAUUGGCUGAAAUUCGGCGAUAAAAAUACAGCAUUUUUUCAUAGUCAUGCAUCACAGCGGUGA